GUGUGGGCUAACCACAGAAAACUCACAUUGUGGCAUUUUGGGAUAUGCGUGGGUUAGCCUUGUCCCACACUAUAUACAGGUUGCCGAUGAAGGGCCAAUGUGGGCAUGCUUGCUGAGACUACCAUUAACAAUAAUAAAUAUAAUUAUAAAAAUGACAAUAAUAACAACAGCAGCAACACCAGAUACUGUACAAUACUAUUACUACUAAUAAUGAUGAUCAUGAUGAUGAUGAUGAUAACAUUCACAUAUUUGCUGUUGUUUACGUUUUAUUCAUGGUUUGUGUUUUAUUUAUAAUAUCAGUGUUUGUUAAGGAACUUAAUCGAAUUUAUUUACACGUAUAGACAAGCAAAAUGCACGAACGGGGCGUCCAUCAUCCGAACAGCGCACUAACACAUGAGUUCUGAUGUGUCGUUUCCAGAACCGCGGAGAAAAAAGCCGGGAGGGGAAUUGUCCGCCAGAGCGCACUCGUCCUGUUGGGUGAAAAACACAAGCGUGCGUGUUCGUGUUGAGGUCUCUGCUGACGUGUUUAAAUCUCCUUAGCCGUGCUUAGCGCUGCCAUUCUCACGCAUAACGCUGCAUAUCGAGACAGCGUACGCGGUGUUGUGCUGUUCGGUGCGGUGCUGUGCGGUGCGGAGCGCGCGCUAGCGUUAUAGCGUGUAUUUGACGCGCUGAUGGCCGCGCUGUAAAGUGGAACUGCGGAUGCUCAGUGGGAUAUAUAAUUCGGAAUUCGGCUCAUUUUCGCAAAUGCAAAAGAAAACAUGGAGCCAAGCCUGGCCUUACUGCUCACCAGCUUGCUCGGCUGGUGCUCGUGUUCGAGUUUUCCAAGUAACAUUAAUAUAGGCGGUUUGUUCCCGACCGACUCGCAUGAAUAUGAGGUGUUCCGAUUCGCGCUAUCUCAGCAGCACGAGCUCCCCAAACUGGUGCCACAAGUGGACAUGGUGGACGUGGGCAGCAGUUUCGCCAUGACAUACGCAUUUUGUUCCCAGUUCUCUAAAGGAGUCUACGCCAUAAUCGGUCUAUAUGACAAGAAGACCAUGAACAUGUUGAUGUCGUUCUGUGGGGCUCUGCAUGUCUGCUUCGUCACACCCAGCUUCCCAAUCGAGACCAACAAUCAGUUUGUAAUCCAACUCAGGCCACAGCUCCAGGAUGCUCUGAUUGGCCUUGUGGAACACUACAAGUGGACUAAAUUUGUCUACAUGUAUAGCUCAGAUUCAGGACUGACUGUGCUACAGAAAAUCCUGGACACAGCUGCAGAAAAGAGUUGGCAGGUGACAUCCAUCAACUUUGAUACGCUUACAGAGGCAGCCUUCAUUAACUCUAUCCAGGACCUGGACAGCAAAAAAGAGCACAAGAUCAUUCUGGACUGCGAGCUGGAAAGACUUAACUCCAUUCUUAACCUGAUUGCAGUGCAAAAAAAGAAUCUGAAGAAUUAUCACUUUAUCCUGGCAAACCUGGGCUUUCUGGACCUGAAUUUGACAGAGUUCAGGAAAGGUGGUGCCAACAUCACAGGCUUCCAGUUAAUGAACUACACAGACCCCAUGGUUAGCAGGACUAUAGAUGACUGGCUGGAGUUUGACAGCAAAGACCUGAAGAGCCCUAAGAGGAGACUCAAGUACACAGGAGCGCUCACCUAUGAUGGUGUGAGUGUCAUGGCCACUGCUUUCCAAAACCUCAGGAGGCAGCGUAUCGACAUUUCCCGGCGAGGGAAUGCAGGCGAAUGUCUGGCCAACCCCCCAGCACCAUGGGGCCAAGGCAUCGACAUCCAGAGAGCCCUCCAACAGGUACAGUUUGAAGGUCUAACAGGCCACGUCCAGUUCAACGAGAAAGGACAUCGAACAAACUUUACAGUCAGUGUACUGGAGCUUGUCCCGAGUGGACCCAAGAAGGUGGGCUACUGGAACGAAAAUGAGAAGUAUGUGAGCACGGCGACGUACGCCCACACACUCAACGAGACAUUCGGCAUGCACAAUAGGACAUACGUAGUCACCACCAUUCUAGAAUCUCCGUAUGUGAUGCUGAAGAAAAAUCACGAGCAGCUGUCAGGGAACGAUAGGUACGAGGGAUACUGCGUGGAGUUGGCCGCCGAGAUCGCCAAACAUGUGGGCUACUCUUACAAGUUGGAACUCGUGCCAGACGGCAAGUACGGAGCCCGAGACCCUGAUACCAAAAUGUGGAACGGGAUGGUUGGAGAGCUGGUGUAUGGGAAAGCCGAUGUAGCCGUGGCUCCUCUCACGAUCACCCUGGUUCGAGAGGAGGUCAUUGACUUCUCCAAGCCCUUCAUGAGCUUGGGCAUCUCUAUCAUGAUCAAGAAGCCCACCAAAUCCAAGCCAGGCGUCUUCUCCUUCCUGGACCCGCUGGCAUACGAGAUCUGGAUGUGUAUAGUGUUUGCGUACAUCGGUGUCAGCGUGGUCCUAUUCCUGGUGAGCCGUUUCAGCCCGUACGAGUGGCACAGUGACGACUCAGAGGACAGCGGUGAACAUCUGAGCCAGAAACGGACACCGUCCCCAGAAGCCGGACAAUCGCAGUUGCAGGGUCAGCAUGGCCAGAGUCCAAGCCAGCAAGACAAGCAGGAAAAACCACCUGAACACUCCAAUGAGUUCGGCAUUUUUAACAGUCUGUGGUUCUCUCUGGGUGCCUUCAUGCAGCAAGGCUGCGAUAUUUCACCCAGAUCACUCUCGGGUCGUAUAGUUGGUGGCGUCUGGUGGUUCUUCACCCUCAUCAUUAUCUCCUCCUACACGGCCAACCUGGCUGCCUUCCUGACUGUGGAGAGGAUGGUGUCACCCAUAGAGAGUGCAGAAGACCUGGCCAAGCAGACAGAGAUCGCUUACGGCACCUUGGAUGGAGGAUCGACCAAAGAGUUCUUCAUGAGGUCAAAGAUAGCCGUGUUUGAGAAGAUGUGGUCCUACAUGAAGUUUGCAGAUCCGUCAGUGUUUGUAAAGACCACUGAUGAUGGAGUGGUGAGAGUGCGGAAGUCCAAAGGGAAAUACGCUUAUCUACUGGAGUCCACCAUGAACGAAUACAUCGAACAGCGCAAACCCUGUGACACCAUGAAGGUGGGCGGAAACCUGGACUCCAAGGGGUAUGGGGUUGCAACUCCUAAAGGCUCUGACUUAAGGAUUCACCCCAUGAUGUCACUCCAUCCCAUUUCAUCACUACCAUGUCAGUAUGCUGAACUGUCACUGACAUUCAGCUGACCAUCAUUUUCACAGACAUCAUGCAGAUAGAAACAAAAUUAAUAACACAGCUAACACAUUAACGCUAGCAUAGAUUUAUGUAUCUGAAAAAAGGCAGAAUUUUUUUUUUUAAUUCAUCACAAGGCUUUAUUUGUUGACCAUUACUUCCAUUCAUAUCUCCUCAUCAACUCUUUUUCUUUGUAAUAUGUUGUUUUCCAUCAGAAACUGUACUUUCUGGACAAUAAGUGUCUGCACUGUAAAUCAGCACUGCUUGAAAGAUGAAAUAAUGUAUCAGGCGAUUUUAUUUAACGCACUGGGAUGUUAGAGUAAUAUAGGUGCUUUCUAGUUUAUUUAGUGUUACUGUAGUUCAUCACUUUUGUUUCCAGAGCUCAAACCUUUGCUACGUUCCUUAUCUAGAGGUGUACAUCAGGACUGGAAUCCCGUUGGAAAGAACAACAAAAGUAUCAGGACUGGGCCGGUUUUUACGUUUGGGACUGGGUGGUCAGAUAGACAGGUUCCAGGACAAAGAUGGGCUAUAUUGAUUACCAUGGAAGCAUAUUUAUCUCAUUCAUUCACUCAUCUUCAAUAACUGCUUUAUUCUGUGCUGGGUCAUUGUGUUGUUGUUGUUUUUUUUAGCCAAAUAGACCAAGCUAAUUUUGUCAGAAAAUAUGGCGGGGAGAUGAGCUGCAACCAAAAAUAACUGCUGCAGAAAGAUGGGAUUGAUGGAAUUUCUUUGGGAAGAUUCAUAUUUCUAAACCAAGGGCCUCAUUUAUCUUUUAGUAAAGUUGUACGUAAAUGUUUUUACACACAACUAAAAACGAAUUCCCACCAGAUUUACAGAAAGUUCAGUAAUGUUUAAACUCCCAUAAAGUACCAAGCACAUUCACGGCACAGCUGAUUUACAUUUAGUGAUGCUCCAAAACUUGAAAAAAGGCAACGAGAGCUCGCAAAAAGCCAGAUGAUGACUAAACUGCAAAAGAAUACCUCCUAAACAGAGUGUGCGCCGUGUGCUCAUGCAUUGCAGUGAGUCGGCUCCCAUAGACACACAUUAACUCGACCUCAUUUUAUGGGGUGCAAUUACUUUUGUCCCAAAUGAAUGGCUGGUCUUAGUAUUAGUAUUUGUCUUAAUUUAUGGAUUUGUUUUGGAUUCUUUCUUUCAAGUCAUCCCUGCUGGAAAAAAACAAUAGAAACCCGAACAGAAUUUGUAAUAGUUAUAAUUGUAUUGAAUUGAAUUGAAUUGUAUUGGUUUCAGUGGGAAGAGUAAUGGUUAACUGUAAAAUCUCUACCUUUAAUUUCUUGCUUUCUAUUGGUGGCAUGUUAUGUCUAGUGAAUACCAUUAAGGACCAAUAAUGGUAAUGGCAAUGGUUUUAAUGUUUAGCUGAUGGUUUGUAAUGGUAUUUGUAUUGGAAACCAUUUGAAUUUCUAUGAUGGUUUGUAUUUUUUUUUCAGCAGGGAUUAAUGUGAAAUGUACAAGUUUCACAGAACUGUUAAAUGUGUGUGCGCAGUAUAAAUCGCUGAAAAAAGGUUCACAUUACUAA